AAGUCAGAUUGUUGCAUCUUCGCAAACAAUUCUAUCAAGUACUAGAAAUAUGAAUGACCACAGAGAAGUCAAAAUUGGCGAAACUAUUUUAUUUAUAAAUUGGGUCAAGAGGGCCACAAAACUUGGCAUCUGCAAAUGCUGGUGUUAUUCUGUUGAAUGAGGUCAUUUUGGGAACAGUCCAAACCCUGCCAUCAGCUGACCAACCAACCAUCAGAUCACCUUCACUCGCCAUGGAGUCCCACGAACGAACUAGAGUAUUUGGUCAAGAAAAGAUUUUCAAACAAAAUGAAGGGGAAAAUGUCCGAAUAGCUCAAACACUAGACGCACUUAGACUUGCAACGAUACGAGGAAGCCUGGAAGAUAUCAAGAAUACACUUUCCAAUGGGGUGACUGUUAACCAGCCAUUGAAGGGGGGAUGGACAGCCCUGAUGUAUGCCUGCUCCCUAGGCCACCCCUCCAUUGUGGAGUACCUACUCAAAUGUGGAGCAAACCCUAACUUUCAUAAGGAAUUGUUCACGCCACUGAUGGCAGUGUGUGCGUCGACACAGAAGAAUGAAGACCAUCUGGUUCACUGCGUCGAGUCAUUGUUGCAAUACAAGGCGGAAGUUAACACGACAGAGAGACACCACAUUUCUGCUCUCAUGUUCGCUGCUAGGGAGGGCCACGUGAAGAUCGUUGAACAUCUUCUGAACAGUUCUCGAUGCUACAUAGACGCUCAAGACAGUCAGGGAUGGACGGCCUUGUUUUGGGCUGCAAACCAGAGGAAAGAGGAUGUUGUAAAAGCUCUUGUUAAACACGGAGCAAAAGUUGAUAUAAAAGAUAGGCGAGGAAAGACUGUAGUUGAUUUGGUGACCAACAAAGAAUAUGAUGAAAUAUUGAAAAUAUUAGUGAAAAAAGAAGAUAGACUAGUUGAAAAACAAGAAAUACAAAAAGAUUCUGACUAUACAGAUUAUAAGACAAAGGAAAAGUUUGGACAGUUGGUUCUUCAAUCUCUUCUAGAAGAACUUACUUCCCCAACAAUCAAUAAUAUAAAUAAUAACAAUAAUAAUAAUAGGAAUACCAAGAGCUUUACAAAGCUCAUGAAGAAUUUUGAGUUGGAAAAUAAUUUAGAUUUACUGAAAACGCAUGAAAUAAUUUUACAAAUUGCAAAUUCAAUCAGUGGAUGUAUGCAGAAUACCCUACCAUUUUCACAUGGCACAAAAAUUCAACAGGGCCGACCUUUAGAAAGGAGUUGGAAAAACGUACCUUACAGUGCUGUGGAAGCACAGAAGGUGCUCGAACUGACCGUAAAGCACUUGGAAGGUUUGUACGCCAACAUCUCAUACAUAAGACUGCACAUGCAGAGUGUCUCAGGGCCUGCUUUGCUGGAAGACAAACAUGCAAGAGUUUCUGAACUCACAGCCCUCUCUGAUAAAGCUCUGCGCAACUCCAGGCUACUCUUCGAUGAGCUCCAUUUCUUCCACCAAUACACAAAACAAUUGGAUGGAAGUGACUGUCUCGUCCCAGCAGACUUUAUCAAAGAGCGUAACUGUGAAGACCACGACAGGACCCAUACCAUCAUAUCAGCUACGGUGAUUGCAGCAGCAGCCAUCUUCAUCCUUUUCAACACCAGAACCAUAACUUUGUCCUUCCUCAGUAAAUAAAACUUAUAAAUGCACGUUUUCUGGCCUUAUCACAAAAAGAACACCAGUUUUAUAACUAAACUAAAUAGCACCUAAACAAAAAGUUCUGAAGGAAAUAAACUGUGGACUACUUUCGUCUUGUCUGUAGGUGAUGUUCAGUUCAUGCAUAUCCGAUAGUAAGUGCUCUUCUUGUUGAUAUCCAUCAAGUAUUCGCCCAUUCUGGAGUUGAGACCUUUGAUAGCAUCGGUUAGUGAUGUCAGAUCAUUCUCUUGCUCACGAUAAAGUUUUUCAGCAUCUGAAAAGUUUGCAAUCAAUAAGAUAAAGUUUUAUCCUUUUCAUUCAUUAUUUCAACCAAAAUACCAUUAGCUCUAAGUAUUUUAAAAGCCUUUCGAUAAUUAUAGUAUUUGUUUAAAAUAUUCUGAAGCGAUUAGAUAAAAUAUACCAAUAAUCGAGGUUUAAAUGGCUGAGCCUAUGAUAUGCUAAAACGGGGUUGUUAACCUUUAAAUACUGCAACUCCGUUUACAGGCUAAGUAUUUUUUUUUUUUGCAAUCCAUUAUGUUGCUAUGUUAGAACAAUGAAAGUAAAAAAAACUAAAAUAUCCAUCAAGUUUUUUACAUAAAAACUUGAAUAAAAAAAUUCCUAUUUUUGUUAGGCCAACCUUCUUUAAUUUUUGAUACAAUAGAUCUCGUUGGUUUGAUAUAAAUGAAGCAGUUUUAUGUUUAAUCCCUCACAUUAUACACAAGUUUAGGGGUUUAAUUAAUCACCUAUAGCUUCAAAAACAAGUUUAGUACAGUGUAAGCAUAUUUAUUGUGCGAUUAUAUUUAUUUGCAAACGAUAAGUUACUGGAAUAAUUUUUUUACUUUCCACCCAAGACCAAUUAAAAGUCGCAACCCACCUUUGAGAACCUCUGGGCCUGAAUGAGGUCACAGAACAAAUGUCAUGUUUAGUUACUUAGAAAGAUAUCAUAAUUGAUAUUGAGGUGAACAUUUAAUGAUUCCAUAUAAAAUAGUUUUACCUUUCAGCUGCUUCAGCUUAUCGGUGGUAUUAAGGGACAGUUGGCUAGCCUUUUCGAGCAACUUCUGUGCUUUAGCUUGAGCUAAGCCCGAAUCUUCUGUACGAUCCUGCAGGGAGUUGACUGCUCGAGAGUAUUCAUCCUGCAAAAAAAGUGGUGGAUGAUACAAUCAUUGUUAAUACUGCAGAGUUUGACUUGAGGAGAUUUCUCCAGGAUCUAUCUGCCUGCAUAAAUUAUAAACUAUUUCAUUUAAAAUAACCAACCUAACACUAACGCUGCAUAGUUUCACUUCUUUAAUUGUGCUAUUGCAAAAUUGUCAAUGUGAGAAAUGGUGUCAUGGAUUCUGAUAGAUUUAGUUUGGAUAGCUUAGCUUGUAUAAAUCACCUACAGCUGGUUUGCAUUUGAAAUGUAACAAAAUAGAGCAAGUCUAUGCUAUGUUUCAAUGGAUAGCCAAAGGUUGCUCCGUUUUUGGUACUGGUUACUAAACCAGCCAAAUUGUUACAUUAUGUAUGACUUAAUAUUUUUAAUAGACGUGUAGUAGCUUUAAGUUAAGACUUCGAUAGUUACGAUAAGUUUUAGUAAUAUUAGUUAUAGUUAUAUUUUAUAUAUUUCUGUUUAAAUAAAACCUUACAUGAAAUUGA